UUUUCGUUGAAACUCACCCUGGCGACACACUCGCCACCUAUAUCACGCCAUACAAGCAACGCGAUGGGCAUAUCGCCCAUUAUGGCAAUGCUUCGCGCGAGUGGCUUAUGAUAAUCGACAGGAACCUCUUUCGCGUCUCAAUCUCCUUCCCCCUCCGACGGCUUCCCGGUCAUUCACAACGUCGGUAUCCUUACAUAGCCCCAGGCCCUCCGACGCCGAUAGGCUCAACUCCGAGAACGUCUCGGCGAAGGCGGGAAAUGGGGCUUCGUCGUAUAUCGCACCACGUACGGCGACGACCAGGGUUGGAAGCGAGUCAAAGAGACCAUUCAAGAGGUCUCGGCAUCUGACAUAGAGGCAUUAAGAGCGCCGGAUUUGGCCAGUUCCCUUGACUGCGUCUUUAUGGACGACAAGGAAACCCUGGAGAGCAUCUCACGACCAGAACUUCGGAAACGCUUCCGCAAAUGGGCGGGCCCGCGAGGCUUUCAAGAAAGAGGAACAAAGCCAUCCGGAUUGAUGAGGACAGUUUGCGGAGCAUUGUGUAUGACAGUGACCCCAGCGAUUGGUGGAAUAUGGGUCACGUUAAUUUCAUUAAUUCUGCGUGGGAGCCUGAGGGGGCUCCUGAGACCGAAGAAGAAAGGCUGGCAAUACUCGGAGAUGAACCGCUGCCGCCUAUUGAUGGCUAUACCGACGAAGACGUUGGCUGGAUGAAGCUCAAAAUCCACAAUCUGGGUAUCAGCUUCCACCUAAUCGCAGAUAGUUACGUGGAUAACCACUGGUACCCCGGUUACCAAAGACCGCCUGCGAUUGUGGACGUGAAUACAUAG